CGAUUAUUAGGAAAAGGAGUAGAGAAGGAGCAUUUCACAAUUUAACGGUGGAGAUGCGAUUGAGUGAUCCAGAGUCCUUUUUCAAUUUUUAUCGUAUGUCUCCUUCUUUAUUUGAUAAGUUGUUAGGAUAUAUCUAUAAUGAUAUAAAGAAGGAAGAUGUCCAUAACGCAAUAAAACCCUCAGAAAGGUUAGCGUUGACGUUAAGAUAUUUGGCUACCGGUGAUAGUAUGGUGUCAUUGACCUACUUAUUUCGAAUAGGAAAAAGCACUGUCCCAUACAUUAUAAUGGAAGUGUGCACGGCCAUAUGGAAGCGAUUAUCAAACAUGGUAAUAAAACCAUUGACAAAGGACAAUUUCCGAGAAAUUGCAAAGGAUUUUGAAGAAAAGUGGAACUUUCCCCACUGCAUUGGGGCUCUUGAUGGCAAACAUGUAUUAAUACAGGCUUUUCCGAAUAGUGGUUCUGAGAACUUUAAUUAUAAGGGAACUCAUAGUUUAGUUCUCUUAGCGCUAUGCGAUGCUAACUACAAUUUUACAGUUGUGGAUAUUGGAGCUUCAGGUCGUCAAAGUGAUGGUGGUAUUUUGAAAAAUUCAAAAUUUGGUAGUGCAUUGGCAACAAAUAUGUUGCCAAUUCCCCCAAAGGAAGUUCUGUCGGGUUGUACAACACCGAUGCCAUACGUAAUCGUAGCUGAUGAAGCAUUCCCACUUACGAAUUACCUAAUGAGAGCAUACCCUGGGAAAAGAGGACCGUUAGAACAUAAAAAGGAAAAUUUUAAUUUCCGAUUAUCACGGGCACGAAGGGUGAUUGAAAAUUGCUUUGGCAUUAUGUCAGCUCGGUUUAGAAUAUAUCGGAAACCAAUUUUAUGUAAUCGAGCAGGAGUUAUCAGUAUUAUUCAAGCAACGGUGUGUCUCCACAAUUAUUUAAAUAAAUAUUGUUCACGAAAUAUUUCGGGUAGAAAUAAUCGUGUGAAUGCUUAUAAGGAAAUUACACGAACUGGAAGUAACACAUAUUCCCGUUCAGCUGAAAACAUAAGAAAUGAGUUUGCGGAGUAUUUUUUAAAAUACCCGAUAGAACAUGUCGAAUAA